AUGGCCACAGGGCCCGAGUGGGGCGCAGCCUUAGCUCCAGACGGGAGGGCAGCUCCUCGGGGUCCCCCAGCUGAAAGCAGACCCUCCUACCUGGACCUGGGAGAGACGAGAAAAGGACCUGAGCACUGGCACAAGGACUUUCCCAUCGCCAAGGGCAACCGCCAGUCCCCCGUGGACAUUGACACCAAAGCAGCGGCUUACGACCCCGCACUGAAGCCCCUGAGCAUCUCCUACGAGCAGGCGACGUCCAGGAGGAUCCUCAACAACGGCCACGCUUUCAACGUGGAGUUCGACGACUCCCAGGACAAAGCAGUGCUGAAGGGAGGGCCCCUGGAGGGCACCUACCGCCUGGUCCAGUUCCACUUUCACUGGGGUUCGGACGAUGGGCAUGGCUCUGAGCACACUGUGGAUAAAAAGAAAUAUGCCGCAGAGCUGCACCUGGUUCACUGGAACACCAAGUACAAGAGUUUCGGGGACGCCGUGAAGCAACCCGAUGGGCUGGCUGUGCUGGGCGUUUUUCUGGAGAUCGGCGAUGACAAACCCGGCCUGCAGAAGGUGGUCGACGCGCUGGGCGCCAUCAAGACAAAGGGUAAGAGCGCCGCCUUCACCGACUUUGACCCCCACGGGCUCCUUCCCAACAGCUUGGACUACUGGACCUACCCCGGCUCCCUGACCACGCCGCCGCUCCUGGAGUGCGUGACCUGGAUCGUGCUCAGGGAGCCCAUCAGCGUGAGCAGUGAGCAGAUGAUGACGUUCCGACAGCUUAGCUUCCACGGGGAGGGGGAAGCCGAGGAGCCCAUGGUGGACAACUGGCGCCCGGCACAGCCCCUGCACGACCGGAAGGUCAGGGCUUCCUUCAAAUGAGCGGGUCCCGGGCCCAGCGUCCCCGGGGACCGCGAGUCUGUGGUCUCCCUGCGGCCGAGCUCGGACCCUGGCUGCGCGGAGCCCCCAGACCCAGACCCUUCACCUCUCGCCCGAGGAGAGUCCUGUGAACGUGGGAAGAGCCGGGGCAGCUGUCGCUCUUGAUAGCCUCGCCGUGGCGGGCGCUUCGCUUGGGUGGUGGCCUUUCUGUGGGGAAUAUAACUAAAGGGGUGGGAAGAGGAGCCUGACUUGCUCGCGGUGCUCGCACUGAGAUGCCGCCGCCAAUAAACGGGAAAGCGCACUGAGCUCGGAUCCGUUCCCUGAGCUGCGGGGCGAAAACCAGGGAGGCCAGCGUCCCGACCCCGAGAUGCCGUCCGGCAGGGAAACGUGAGCCUCCGCGUACCUCCGAAGCCAGGGGCCUCCGGUGUGAAUCCUGUAGUUCAGCGGCUCUGGAACCACAGGGGUGCGAGCCGGGCGCCUCCUGUGCAGAUCGGUACAACUACAGUUGUGACACAGAGUAAACGUCCACCCAGAUACUAUAUCCUAAAUAGAUGCUGUAUUUU